AUGUGGUACUUACUGCUUUGGGUGCUUUCCAAUGUUCACGGAAGAUCUGAUGGUGAGUGGAAGGAGGGUACACCAAUAUGCGCUGAAAAGGGUGGAGAGAUGGAGGAGGAUUGGGAGAGCCAUGUGAAUGUGAGCCCAAAGUUCACAGAUCAGAGGAAGAAUGAGCUGCGGCUGGUCAGAGCCCCAGCACAGUUCAGAACUCCCGCGCUGUACCCUUCCUUAUCAGUCGCAUCUAUGGUUGUUCUUUUUCCUCAUGCUGUCUGCACAUUUGAUCACUCUCUACGCUCAUUCAGCUUUCACUGUUUUCUAGUCUGGCAAAAUAAUUUCCGCUUCUGCUGCCUGCAGAUCUCCUCCUUGGCCAACAGCAGCUGCACUCGCACAGACAGCUCAGCCUGGCUGGAGCAAUGCUUCAGAGCCAUCAUUUCUGUAAAGCCAUGGUCCCAGGGCCGAUUUAGUUACCAGCAGUGGGAGAAGCUGCAGCAUUUAUUUCGUGUUUAUCGAAGCAGCUUCACCAGGGACAUAUAGGAAUUCGCCAAAAUGCUACCUAACUUUGGCUAUCCCAUUCAGCUCCAGUUGUCUGCUGGAUGUGAACUGUACCCUGGAAAUGCCUCAGAAAACUUUCUCCAUGUAGAAUUUCAAGGAGAAUAUAUCCUGAGUUUCGGGGGAACUUCCUGAAAGAAAGCCCCAGAGGCCCCAUUUUGUAAAAAGUUGGCCAUCAAAGUGCUCAGUGAUGAUAAAGGGACCAGGGAAAUUGUGCAAUUGCUCCUGGAUGACACCUGUCCCCACCUUGUCUGUGGCUUUCUAGAGGCAGGGAAGACAAAACUGGAGAAGCAACAGAAACCUGAGGCUUGGCUGUCAAGUGGCCCCAGCCCUGGACUUGGCCAUCUGAAGCUGGUGUGUCAUGUCUCUGGCUUCUACCCAAAGCCUGUGUGAGUGAUGUGGAUGCAGGGUGAGUAGGAGCAGCAGGAUACUCAGAGACGUGAUAUCCUGCCCAAUGCCGAUGGAACAUGGUAUCUUCAAGAAGCCCUGGAUGUGAAGGCUAGAUAGGCAGCUGGCUGCUGGAUGAAGCACAGGAGUCUAGGGGAGCAGGACAUCACUCUCUACUGGGGUAGCAGACAUUUAUCCAUAGGCUUGAUCAUUUUGGCAAUGCCGGCAUGUCUGCUGUCCCAUUUUGUGUUCAUUCUGGGCUUAACCUUCUGGAUCCGAAGGGACUGCUCUUAUCAAGAUCUCCUGGGAUUCUUCCUUACUCCUACCUCUCCUGGAACUCGGGUACUCAACUUUCUAGGACUUCAGUCCUAG